AAAGGUGAUGAUGUCUUUAUAGGUGAUGCCCAGAGACAGUCUGUCAGACACUGACAGAGUGAGGUUUUGCAGCUUUAGCAGUUUUGUUGAGAUCCCUACUCAAAUAUCUGAGAUUCAUAUCAGGAUGGGGAACUUGCACUGUCCACCUGCAGACGCAUCCCAGCUGGCCUCCUUUGCUCGAGGCAUCUGCUCAUUUCCAAGCUACAACCCCAGUCCUCAUUUCAGCCAAAUGCUGUCCAUCAACUCUUCCUUUUACCUGAAGAACCACUACAAAGCAGUGCAGACUUCCCUGACCCCCGAGCAACUGGAGGACUUCACCAGGAGCCUGAGGACAACGUUUGGUAGGGAAGGCAAGGUUACUCUAGGUGGUGUUGGAGUAGUGGCUUUGUCUCUGGCCGUGUUGUUUGACACUCUUGUCAAGCAGGUCAGGGGAGAACCAGUGGCAGAGUCGGGGCCCAUUUCUGGUUUGUUUCUCAAGGAUCUCAGUGGAUACUACCCACCACAAGUUUACACGAUCAGCAGAUACUUGAGACUGGUACCCCACAUUGCUAACAACCCCUCCAGGAUGAGAGAGGUGACAGAAAGGUGCAUUCUUCAGUUGAAAGCUGAUCUCCAAGCUAUUAAAAAACUGGGUGAAUAUCACACAUUACCAUUAGAGGAGGACGUCACUUUACUGAACAUGCACUUGUCACAAUUUUUUGAGACCUUCUUGGAGAUUCAUCUCCUCCGUAUCAAAAAUGGCACUGCUGAAGACUUUCCGUCUGGAGAUGUCACAAUCCAAGGGAGCCCCAUCUUCAAUCUCAACUGUGACCCAGAGGUGGCUGACAAAGAUUUUUUUGGCUGCAAUUGAAAAAUCUGACAACCGCACCCAAGAAGCUUUUCAAAAAUGCAAGCCAGAGAAUGGAACUUUAUCAACGUCAUGGCUUCAAUAUGUUGCCAAUUUGGAAUGGGAAGAUACAAAAUCCCAUGUUA